CCUGGUUAGCAGGGGCGUGGCCGGCCGCGGAGCCCAACGAACGUGGGCACCGGUCGGCUUCGAUUCUCACGCCGUCGCCGCUGAACCUCAACGACCUCAGAGAGAUGACGAGAAGUACAUUUCUCAACGGACACGUCGUGUAUCGGCAUUGAAAGCGUCGAUGUUUGCCAAAGCGGCCGGGGAGGAGGACUAGAGAUUUGCCGAGGAGGACCAUUAGUUGAUGCAUCCAAAAUGAGCCUUUCCGUUUUUCCUUCUCCGUGGGUGACACGCCUGUUCGCUCCGGGAUUGAAACACACUUGAAGCUACCUACGUAGACGCCCAAAAAAAAAACAAAAAAAAAACAAGAGGAUGCGUGGCCUUUUAAAUCGCACAUUCGGUUGCAAUUAACUGGUUAAUUUGCCUUUUGUUGGCUUCGCUGAUGUUGAGGAGGAUGAGGAUGGUGGUGGUGGUGAUGAUGAUGGUACCGCCCGCCGUUAGCAUCCGCUAAAAGCUCUUCUUUUUGCCGAGAACAAGUACUUGGAUUGAAUCUCAUGUGUUCCAUCCAUGCCAGUGCUGUUGAAGUGUCGACUGGCUACCUGCGUGACCGAGCUGAAGUUGCUAGUGUUCGUCUGUGCUGCCCGUUGGCAAGCCCGUCCAUGGCAAGUGUGACUUACAAACCUAAGUGACACGAGUCUUGAAUCGGCAUGGAGAACGAUGCUCAUCUUAACACGGAGGAGUGCCCGCAAGCCAACUGUCCGCCUGUUUCGCAGAAUGAACUGCAAAUAAGCACGUGUGACGCCACAGACAAUGCACGCCUCAUCGGCUUGGUGGCGAAAGGUGGCAGUGACCCUUCUUCUACUUAUCAGAAGAUUACACGGCAGCGUUUCAUCAGGAGAAGCCUGUGGUUCUCAGACACAGAUGAGCAGGCCUCAGAGGCCUCGGAAUGUGAUCGCCCGCAAACGGUAGCUGGCAGGAAGCGAGGUGCGAGUGGUGGCAUACAGGAGGACGUUGGCACCGAAAGUCACGGUGGGCCAAAACAUGACGUGAAAGAAAGCACCAGAAUUGAUGAGGAAAAGGCGAAGAGCAGAGGAGAUGCACUUAACGCCACGUGCACUGAUGGCGGUAAAAGCACCAUCAAGGCAGCGAGUGAGGAGACCGAGGAAGAGGCGGGGAUGAAGGCCGUUUCCACCUCCCCAGGGGGACGCUUCCUCAAAUUUGACAUCGAGCUUGGGAGGGGCUCCUUUAAGACCGUCUACAAAGGCUUGGAUACGGAAACCUGGGUGGAGGUUGCCUGGUGCGAGCUACAGGAUCGUAAGCUGUCAAAAAUGGAACGUCAGCGCUUCAAGGAAGAAGCUGAGAUGUUAAAAGGUCUCCAACAUCCAAACAUAGUCCGCUUUUAUGACUUUUGGGAGUCUCCACUCAAAGGAAAGAAGUGCAUUGUUUUGGUAACUGAACUCAUGACAUCAGGGACUCUUAAAACUUAUCUGAAGCGUUUCAAAGUUAUGAAGCCCAAGGUGCUGAGAAGCUGGUGCAGGCAGAUCCUGAAAGGCCUUCACUUCCUCCACACCAGAACUCCUCCUAUUAUCCACAGGGACCUCAAGUGCGAUAACAUUUUCAUUACUGGCCCAACAGGCUCUGUCAAGAUCGGUGAUUUAGGCCUGGCAACGCUAAAGGCGGCCUCUUUUGCAAAGAGCGUCAUUGGAACUCCUGAGUUUAUGGCUCCAGAGAUGUAUGAGGAGCACUAUGACGAAGCUGUGGAUGUCUAUGCCUUUGGCAUGUGUAUGCUUGAAAUGGCCACAUCCGAAUAUCCCUACUCAGAAUGUCAGAAUGCUGCACAGAUUUACCGAAAAGUCACAAGUGGAGUUAAGCCUGCCAGUUACAACAAAGUCGUGGAUCCCGAAAUUAAAGAGAUUAUUGGCGAGUGCAUCUGCCAAAAGAGAGAAGAGCGAUACUCCAUCAAAGACCUCCUGAACCACGCCUUCUUUGCGGAGGACACGGGGGUGAGGGUGGAGCUCGCUGAGGAGGAUGACGGUCAAAAGACCUCCAUCGCCCUUAAACUGUGGGUGGAGGACCACAAGAAAUUAAAAGGGAAAUAUAAGGAGAGUGGAGCCAUUGAAUUCACGUUUGACCUGGAGAAGGAAGUCCCUGAGGGGGUAGCACAAGAGAUGGUGGAGUCUGGAUUCUUCCACGAAAGUGACGUGAAGACUGUAGGAAAAUCAAUUCGGGACCGUGUGGCGUUAAUCAAAUGGAGAAGAGAAAGAACAGUGCUGUCUACUUCUCAAAUGGACGGUGGACAUGGAUUCCACAUGGCAACUUCUCAAAGCUUGGCUUCUCAGGAGGCGCACGCAGGACGGCCCUCUUUGCUUGAACCGCCAGCAGAUGUUGACCAGCAAAAUCAGCAACGUACACUGCCAGCCAGUUUCACUUCAGUGACAUCAGAUGGCACUUUCGACAGUGGCAAGGGCUCCACUGUGUACUCGGAUUCUCACAGCAGCCAGCAGAGCGUCCUCUAUCAGUCCCUACUGGAGCCCAUCACUAUGGCAACACAGCAGGCCAAUUCUGUAGGGCACCAGACUCAAUCGGCAGAGCAUCAAUAUCUCAAACCUGGCCACAGUUACCCUGCUCCUCCAUAUCCGUGUCAGCCCAAUGUCACAUCACUAAGUCAGGCUACUUCCUGUACGGUCAACACCCAUCCUAUAGCCACUGGUUGUAACCAAACGAGUAUUUCAGCAGCAGCUGGGCCACAACAUGUUUCGCAGUGUUACCAGAUGCAAGGUCAGCAACCACAACAAGCGACUUUUGACCGUGUCUCCUCGGUCCAGCAACAGACUUACACUGUGUCGGCUUAUCAGCCAGCAGCGCAGUCAGAACCAAUUUGCCCAGUUGCCCAGUGUCAACUGGUGCACACUUCCACCGGUGCUUCACUGCUUCCAUCUGGGGCCGAAUUGCCCAAACAGCAAACUGGAUUGCUUCUUGAUAGCCAGCAGAUGCCUAGUAAACAAGAUCACCAACCAAACUUGAUGGAGAAUGGUCAAGGCACACAAAAUGGAAUACAAAUGUGCACUCAGACACAACUCCAGAGUGUAUGCCAGCAAAUAUCACAGCCUCCUUUCCAUUCUCAAAGUCUUCAGUGUGCUAGUCAACAGGAAGUACUCACGCCAGUUCCUCAGCAGCAAAACCACAUACUGGUGCAGAUGGCGCUUCCACAGUCCAGCCAGGAUGCGUCCCAGUCUGUGGUGCAGCAGGACCAGUCCGUGAGCACAAAUCACCAGUAUUCUUCAACUAGUUUACCUGAUGCCACUUUCAUACGCUCUGCAGUCAGUGCAAUUCCUGCUCAGGGUCAGUUCCUCCCUGGGCAGUCAUCUACAACGCCGCAGACCUACGCAGGAGUUUCCCAGGUUCUGAGUCCGAGCCUUUUGGUCUCCUCACAACAUAGCCAAGCUACUCAAAUGACUACACAGCAUAUGCCAUUGUUUGGAAAAGAUGGGUUGAAUCAAGGACCGAAUCAUCUACAGCCAGUGUGCAAUUUCCCAACCCAGCCAAUGUGUGGUCAACAGCCUCUCACGGAAACAGAUGUACGUCAGCAGAUUCAGCCACUUCAAAUUUCAACCACAAUGUCACAACCACCAGUAGCACAGUCUUCCCAGUACCCUUCUGUCCAGGUGAUGGCAGCUGUUACUGACUGCGAAUCCUCCUACCCCCCCACACAAACUGCCUCUCACUCUACAGCACCUUCUGUCAACCAUGUCUUCCUUUCUCCUCACCACACUCUCCCCAUGACCCCUUCUGUGUCUCCACUUUCCCCAGUUCACAUUGAAAAUGUGUUAGUUCCAUCCAUCCCAGUGUUGCUCAAACCACCACCUUCACCUGUCCUUAAUAUCACACCACUACACGCAUGUCCAAAUGAUCAGGCCACUGUUGCUCUACAGCAGGGCGUCCGAGACACCUUUUUCUCAGAGCCCUCAUUUGUGUCAGCUCCAAGCACACAUCCCAUAUAUGCACACACCGCCCUCUCGCCGAACACACACCCAACCACAAACGGCAGCGCUCAUAUGCAGCAGAUCCCUCAGAAGGUGAUGGCCAGCCAACCUGACCUUGUCCAGAUGACCCUUAUAUCGCAGUCCACACACUUCUCCACACCUGCAAAGAACACCUCAGACCAGACAUUAAUUGUCGGUGCUGGCCAGUCAGAAAAGGAAAUUCAGAUUCCAUCUCUUCAUCCCGCAGAGUCUCAUAGAGCAUCUUGUGGAUCUGCAAGUUCCAGUCUGGCACAGCAGCAGUUCAGCACUGUAACAGGAGAUGCGUGUCUAACUGAGGCAAACACAGACGAUCAAGCUGUAGAAAAACACACUGGUGGUCAGAGCUAUGACAGUGUCAACUCUGAUGCCACAUCAGGGAAAGAGAUGAGCGAUGGCUGUGAUGGUCCACAUGGAAGUAAAUGCCAGAGUAAAAUCCGCAAACACCACCGCAGGUCGACGCGCACUCGGUCUCGUCAAGAGAAGACGAGCAGGCCAAAGCUCAGUAUGCUAAAUGUCUGUAACACAGGGGACAAGAUGGUGGAGUGCCAACUGGAAACGCACAAUCAAAAAAUGGUUACAUUCAAAUUUGACCUGGAUGGUGAUGCGCCUGAAGAGAUUGCUACAUACAUGGUGGAGAAUGAUUUCAUCCUACACUUGGAAAAAGAAGUGUUCAUUGAACAGCUCAAGGAUAUUGUAGAUAAGGCUGAGGACUUGCUGAGUGAGGAUACAGAGGCUGAGAAGAAUUCUGACCAGGCAAGCAGUCCCAUGAGUGAAGGAGCUGGCACGGUGGUUGCCGAGGGAAUGAAGUCGUGUGCCCCCAGCAGUCCACAGCCAGUCUACCAACAAAACGUACUUCAUACUGGCAAGCGCUGGUUCAUCAUCUGCCCAGUGGCUGAUCGGGAAUGCGAAAAAUCUACCUCUCUGUCAGUCAAAGCCAACAGCAGCACGCCUGUAGUGUCAAAUGCUGUUCAGUCUGUGUCUUCGCAAGGCCCUCUUCAAGACCAAAAGGCCACCCUGGUUAAUGUCCAGCUUUCAGACUGUGUCAUCCAAGAAAAAAGCAAAGUUGUAGGCCAAAAUGAGAGCAUUUCCGUUGAAGAAGCUUGCAUCUCAGCUGCGUCCAUCGUGAGUGACAUCCCAUGCUGUGCUUUCACACCGCCAGUCUCAUUGGACGUGAAUGAUGCCGACAAGGCGGAGGUCAAUGCUUCAGUCAUGCUAGCCAGUCAUCCCGAUCAGAAGGCCAGUCCCACUGGAGAAGGCUCCCUCCAGCAGGCCGCUCAGCAGUCAGUGGUUCUCCAGCAACCCUACCCGGCACCGAUACUGCCAGCAUCGCUCUGUUCCCAACCUCAGAGUCCGGCGCAUCAGACAGCUGUUCCUCAAGCGGCCAGCGGGGGUCCGGGGGAUUCGGACAGCGAGGGGCCACGCCGCAUGGAGUUUGCCGAUUGCACCAUCAAGACAUUAGACAAGAAGUUGAGAAAUUUGUUGUAUCAGGAGCACACUCCCUCCCAGCCGUGCGGUGUCGCCACUGACCCUCAUGCGUCUCCCAUGGAAGUGUCCGGCACCAUGUCUGUCUCGGACAGCCACAGCAGCGAGGGGCCGCUGAUCAAGAAACAGGAGGAGCCCCUGGUUGUCGCUGGUUCUCUAGUUGCUGAUGGGAAUUGUAACAAAGGAGCUGUGACUGUCACUACUGGUUUGCACAACUCAAAUAGCACUUUUCAAAUAAGGCCCACUGCACCAAGUAUCAAUUGUCAGGAAAAAAGCAACAGCCGCAGCACUUUCUCCGGUUAUUCUCAAGGGUCAUACGGUCCGAAUAGAAAAAACAAUGGCUGCAUUCCUGGGGGCACGUUGCCAGCUGAUUGUGAGAGUACAAGCGUAUCCAGACCUUGUUGCAGUAACCGCUUCUCUGCACCGCCAAACUUCUACCAGGCAACACCCACGUCUAGCCCAGAUGUCACACCUCACCAUUUGCCCCGCGCCGUAACCAUCGGUGCCUCGGCUGGUCAUCCCUACCGGCACUCGUCACCCCUCCGCUCAGACUCUGCGGAUGAGGAUAGCGGCGGCAAGGCUCUCCGGGCUGCCCGUCCCGAUGCUGUAGCUCAUGCGCCGUCCGAGCAUGGUGGAGGCCACCUUGUCAAGAGGGCUGUGGCCUUUCUGAAGCGAUCCGGUCGGAGUAAAAGUGAGCAGAGUUCAGAUUCGCCAAGCCAGCGGCCAUUGGAGAUGAACGGCCAUGCUCCUUCACCUUCAAUGGGACACACGCCAUCUUCUUACAUCAGCAGUGACAAUGACUCUGAAUUUGAGGAUGCAGACAUGAGGAAAGAGCUCCAGAAGCUGAGAGAAAAGCACAUGAAGGAGAUUUCAGAGUUACAGGCCUUCCAGAGGAGUGAAAUUGAACGUCUGUACCGAGAAGUGGGAAAAUCUUUGCCCCCCAACGUAGGCCUACUACACGCUGCCCCGCCCAGUGGUCGCCGACGGAGGGCAAGUAAACACAAAGUCAAAGCUGGAAAAUUGCUCAAUCCGAUGGUGCAGCAGCUCAAAAGUAAUCUUAACACCACCACAGUGGAGAGAAAAGGUGAGAGUUCUGGCAGUUCAUCAGGAUCCCCCGCUAAAAGUUCGGCUAUGUCCGACUGCUCGACCCGCUUCAGUGGUAGCUCCAGCUCCAACAAUCAGAGUUGCGCAACCCCAGAGCAGGUCCACACCCAACAACCAUGUUCCUUAAAAGGCUCUUUCUCCUCGGAUAACAUCUACGCUGGCCAGCACAACGACGGGUUGAACAACUUGACAAGCCGAGGCUGGACGGUUUACCACCAAACUUCAGAGAGAGUCACCUAUAAAUCUAGUAGCAAACCACGCACUAGAUUCCUCAGUGGACCUGUGUCUCUGUCCAUCUGGUCCACUCUGAAACGACUAUGUCUAGGCAAAGAGCACAGUAGUAGGUCAUCUUUGCACACCGCAACAGUUCCACCGCAGCCGUCCCCCGCCGCAGCUACACCGUCUCCUCAGCCAAUUGGUCGACUUGCUCGGGUUCAGAACAACAACAGUAACAAUAAGAAAAGCACGUUUACCGAGGACCUGCACAAGUUGGUGGACGACUGGGCAAAGGAAACUAAGGCAUCGACCGGCCAUCAGCCGCCACCGUCCUUGAACCAAAUCAAAGAACAGAAGCGCUUGCAGGACCUGGAAAACAAAGUUCAAUCCCCGCAACCGACCGCACAAAAGGAAUGCACAAGUGUCUUGUCUGUCCCUUUCAUAUUUAAGAUGAACUCUGUCUGGCCGCCUCUGUCCCUCCCCCAGCAACCGAGUCUGCCAAGCAGCCAAGGUCCCGACUUUCCUCUUGCGGUGCCCCCCGGAUAUCUUUUGCCUGCGGGCCCCUACGCAGGGACAGCUACCACCCAGCGGUGCCCCGGCCUUCCGAGCGCCUUUCCCGGUGUGGCCAAAGCUGGAGUCCAAGCCCACGAGACCGAGAGAGGCCCCUGCUUAAACUCCGCUAGGACUUCCUAAUUCGGAAGAUUAUUUUGUGCUUCUUGUGAGCUUGAAGGCAAGCUCGAUGUUCUUCAAACCAAACCUCUUCGCGCGUGUGUGCAUGUCACGUGUGAAGAAUGAAGACUUCAUGCUUUGUGACAAAAUGUACUCAUUUAUCUUCAUCUGUGCACUUUACAUUUAAUUGGGUACACUUAAGACACCACAUUGGAAUUCAGUUUCAGAAACAAUACAGUAUUAACGUCGACGGAAUGUAGUGCCUUGAAUCUUCAACUUUUUCAUGCAAGUCGUCUUCACUUUUAUUUAUUUUGCUGGGUGAUUUUUUUUUAUUUAACGCAGUAGGCACUUUUUCCCUCCCCAAUGAAUUUCAUUGUAGCACACGGCAAAUACUCCUGUUCAGAUGAUUAAAUUACAUUUGAAGCUGCUUCUUUUAAACGUUCUUCCCUUCGUGACAGUAUUACCUUGUAAUCAAAUGAUAGUGCUGCUGCCUUGUAAAAGGAAAACCAGUUAGUGAUGAAGAAAGGAAAUAAUACAACGCCAGCAGAUGAGGGCCCGUCUUUUAGGCCAAAUGGUAUUAUCGGACCCAUUUUCCCAAAUAAUGUGCAACAUGACGCGAUACACAAAAGCAUAACAUUUGGCCGUAAUGGAAUGUCAUGGCCAGAACGGCCAAAAAAGAUGGAUGCGGCUCUGAGGCUGGUUUAUGGUGAGAAUUUGGCAGUUAACUCAUAUUCACUGCCAUCGAGGGGCAAUAGAUGUUCAGAAUACAGUGACACUUCACUACCAGCCCCUCCUAGUUCAAAUUGAUUGGAGAUCAUUGCCAUCAGUGGCACUGAAAGAUGAUCUUGCACUACCAGUCUUCUCGGUUUAAAUAAGAGUCAAUGAGGCUGGAGGCAUUUAAGUGCAAUUUAAUCAAAGCAUGGCACCACGUUGAUGUUGUGUGCAAAUACCAGUUCAAUACAAGCUUGGUUGUGUGAAAUUGUAUUGAAUGAAUCAGAUGGUACCAAAUAGAAAAAGUGCUGUUGCCUUUUUGUGUGAUAUCAAACAUUUAAAAAAAUUUUUUUGUCAUCUAUUGCAAAUGAGUUGGUUGCUGUGGGAGAUUUGCACAAAAAUAUAGACUCCCAUUCUUGUACUUUAUGUUCAAGUUUCGUGGGUACUCUACUGUACUUUUCUUCAGAAUCACAUUUUUCCCCCACAAAAGUUAAGUUGUUGUGGGCUGAUGCCACCACAAAACAUUUAAACGCUUUCAGGACACACAUCUUUCCAAGCUGUGAAAUGUACAGAUCGCUGUAGUGUAAAUUUUGUUCACUUAUAUGUGCGCAUUGUGGAGAGGUUGCUUUUGAUGUAUAUUAGCUAUCAAUUCGCUUUGAAUUGGACUUUUGUAGUACUUUAUGCAAAAUCCUCUUCUUUGGGGAAAUACUUGCAGUUGUAAGAGAUUUCUGUUCUCUGGCAUUUCUAUUUGGCCUUUUUGUUUUUGAUUGUUGUGAUCAGAAGACGGCUACGAAUUUAGAUGGUGGCAAGAUCAAAAGGCUAUCGUUUGCCCUCCCUGCAUGUCUCCGGACAACAAACGUUCCCAUUCACAAUUUGCUCCCAUUGUGCUGGGAUAAGGGGCGUUACUCGGGCCUGUCACACUGCAUCACUCACCCUACCUGCUGCACUGUUUGACCUUGUUGAGAAAUAAAUAUUUUCAGUCUGAUUGUGUCUGAUUUUCCUUUGAAUUGAUUGUUAGUCAAUAAUUCUCAUAUUCCUAGCACUGUAUUUUUUUUUUUUAGAUAAACUUGAAUUUAAUCUUUUAAAAACUUUUUAUGAAAAUCACAGUACUGCCAGGACAUACCACAUGUCAAAACCC